AUGUCGAAAAUUCCGGGCUUAUGGCGGCUCAUCUUGCCGCCGCUGUUCUUGGGAAGCAGCAGCCUGGCCCAGUCAUGCCUCGAGGCGCUCAACAACAAUCAGGUCGACGCAUGUGUGUGCUACUCCCUAGAAUACGUCGUCAGUUACGUCGCCUACAUUGCUGUUUCUACGUCAUACACGUCAAAUUGCGAGGCUCUGCCCACGAUCUCAGCCACCACGUCCGCCAUGCCUCAGAUUCUAGAGAGUAACCCUGCAGGUGGCAACUAUUCAGGGUACGUGACAGUCAGCCAUGGAGUUUACACAGGAACAGAUAUCUUGACCGGGCCCACCACGAGAGCAAUUCUGGGACUCGAUGGAUCAGGGACAUUGGUAGUGGAGGAUCCGCCUUCGUAUACGACAGUUUCCCGAGGCGGUACGGCAACAGUCAGCCCUGGAUCACUUCCGAACUCUGUCAACUCAACAAGCUUUCUGACUACGAAUCCCAUCACGGCACCACGAACCAUUCUCGUCGCCGACCCCACGCCGGGAGCUUCCACAGCUUCUCAAGGAACUGUAGUCGUUGCAGUGCCUGAUCCAAGAUUAUACACCACGAGUACACUCGCUUACACUGGGUCCGAUCCCCUAGGCGCAACUCGUACGACCAUUUCAACUAUUGCAGAGUCUGGCUUUAUUCCUGGCACCUACGUUGUCGCUGUCGCCACGACGGCAAUACCAGAUGUGUCCUACGAUGUUUCUACGGUUGCGUACACUGGGACAGCCGUUUUUUCAGGCCCAACCGUAGUGUCAGUCAUCCAACCCACGGACGGGAGUGGUCGAGGAACUGUAGUGAUAGGAGUCCCGCCGACUGGGGUUCCCCCUCCUCAGGUGACGUCGAUAGUUCCGUACGAGGGCAUGAGUUCAAUUACAGGACCGACGACGAUUCUCAACAGGCCCUUCGAUGGCACUGUGCCGGGAACCGUCAUAGUCGGACUGCCACCAGCAUCUUUUAUUACCCAGACUGUGCCCUUCACGGGCAGGGAAGUCCUUACGGCCCCGAUCACUAUCACGAUAGCACCACCAAGCGGCUCUCAACAUGGUACCGUUGUCAUCGGAAGUCCAUCAGUCACGUUCCUGGCAAGCUUCGUUCCUUUUACAGGGUCUACCCAGGAGACACUAUCGGUGAUCCAGCCUACAGGCACAUCUCCAGGAGUUGUAAUCAUCGGGCAGCCCGGAGGUUCCAAUCCAGAUGUCGAGGAUCCCACGUCUGCCGCCUCGGCGCCUCAAGUAACGCCGACCCGAUUUGUUACGUCGAUUGUGACCUACACUCCUACCUCAGAUGCUCCGAACACACCAUCGACCUUGGCUGUCAUAGAUGGUACGGUUAUCAUCGGGCUGCCUCGCAUCGUCUCCCCAGCUGCGACUGGCUCGGACUCUUUUAUCACUUCGGCAAGAAGAGAGCCCUUCGUCACCUCUACUGUUGACUCCACUCAGGGCGUGGACUUGCCGACAACUGUUGAUCCUGUGGGAACCGUACCUGGAACGGUCUUUGUUUAUGCCUCAUUGAGAGGAGGAAAUCCGGCAAGUCCGUUCGUUACUUCCGAGGUCGUGCUGCUUGGAACAGCGGCUGGCUCAGCGCCUACGACCAUCUCCGUUGUUCAGCCAACCAAUGGACUGCCUGGAACCUUGAUCAUUGGCAGACCAGCCAUAUUUGUGACUUCGACUGUCUCUUGGACAGGGUCGGUUCCUUUGGCAUCUAGGACAACACUUGCAGUCGUGGCCCCCUCAGGAAAUAUCCCCGGCACGGUCUUCGUUGCGGAUCCCGCGGUUUUGGGAAGACAAUUCUCAACGUCCUACGUUCGAAUCUCUGGUACCCAGGAACAGGGCGCUGCAACAACGUUAACUCUGAUACCAGGCCAGGGCACUUCGCAGCCAGCUAUCGUCGAUGGAGUUCCUGAUGACUACGUUACUUCUACAAUUGACUUCAGCGGCGCAGAUAUACUUACGACAAGAACCACACUUUCGACAUUGCCGCCGAACGGAGUGGCACCAGGCUUCAUUAUUGUAGCUGACCCAUCAACCUUGGUGUCUACAGUAACACCCGAGGUAACAAAUGGGGCUUCUGUUGUCCUUCAGCCCGACUUUGUCACCUCAAAAGUCUUGUAUGAGGGCUCGACUACAUCUGUUCUGACCAGUGUCCAGCCCUCAGAAACCAACAGGGGUACAAUCGUGCUUGCAGAGAGGCCACUAAAUAAGGAUACUAGAACUACAAUCUCGACAAUUACUCCUGAUGUUGAGGCCUCUAUAUCUGGUACGUACGUCGUGGCCUUGCCCAACGCCUACGUUACCUCGACUGUGCCGUGGACUGGAGCAAUACUCUUGUCAACCUUGACUACGAUCUCGACCAUACCACCUUCCGACUCUCAGCCGGGUGUUGUCGUCGUGGCUGCUCCGAAUGCGAUAGACUCAUCUACAUCUCAGCCAGUGAGUAGCGAUACAGCCCCGCGGCCGGUUUCUACAAGUAAUGCUGCCCCAGGAGACUCAGCUACGCCGCUUCCUGCCACCCAGCUAUCAGCUCAGACGCUUUUUGCAACCUCGACAGUACUUUUGGCGAGCAAUCUUGGCAUCUCAUCAGCAACCAAUUUGACAACACUUCAAGGGGACCCGGGUUCACCAUCCACAGUACUGAUUAGCGUUCCUGUUGCCACUGAGACCUCCAUCGCGAAAGAGACACUGGGAGCCACUUCGAAUGGAUCUAGGCCACCUAGUGACUUGGAAUUUGGAACCGCAUCAACUCCUGCAGGCAAUCUCAUCUCGACAGCCACGCCAACUAACUCUUCACCAUUGACAACUGCUCUCGCCAACUCUGUAAUUGGUUCUGUCGUCACUUCAGACAUUUUCUACAGCGGAACUGACCCGCUUACCUCGCCAAUCCCGCUGACAACUCUCUCUGCUGGCCUAGGCAGUCUUUCGACCGUGAUACUGCUCCAACCAUCAUCGGCCGCUGGCUUGAUUAGCAACUCUGCAGGAGGUUCCGGCUCUAGGCUGCUGGAAGCUGUGUCGUCGUUAACGACCAAUAGCCCACCAAGCCCAACUACCGUUGUCCUUGUUCAGUCUGGAACGACAGUUUUGCUGCAGGCUUCUUUUGUCACAUCUACUUUAGAUGCGGGCAGUAGUUCCUCAGACGGCUCUCAAGGGCUUGCUCCUGUUUCUACGAUCCUACCGAGCGCUGGUGAACCAGGUACUGUUUUGCUAGGACGGCCACCAGCGAUAGCGUCAUCGACUACAAGCAAGAGCUCGUCGUCAGAAUUGAGCCCAGAAAACACGCCUUCCGCACAACUGUCAAGCUCAUUAGGUUCCUCCGCAAUUUCUACCAUACAGUUCCAGGUCUCAGACCCCCAAGACCUUACGAGGAGCUCGCAGACCGACUCGGGUCCAAUAAGCAUCUCCUUUCAAAACGACAUAGAUAGCAUAGCUUUCUCGACUGUUGCUAGCACGGCAGCUCCAGCAGACUCCAGCGCCACUGAUGCAGCUUUUUCUGGGCGCCUUUCCAAUCAAUCCCCCUUUGGCACAGUCCCAGACUCGGCGGUGACGAUUCCUGUUGCUACAGUCUUCGUCGACUACACGGGCACCGGAGUUCCAAGGGAGUUUCUGACGCUCAGAACGACUUCAGGGACCGUCAUAGUUCAGAGACCUCGACCUCUUACAACUGUAGAAACAUUCAUCCCUGGAAGCAUCUCCACUGAAUUUCUCACAAUCAUUCCAUCUGGCACCGAGCCUGUCACCAUAGUCUUCGGAAUUCCAUCGCCGGCGGGCACAACACGUGUCCUGAUCUCUGGCCCAGAGGUUGUUAGCGUGGGAACGCCGUCAAGCACAACCUUGGUUGACACACACACCUCUGUGGAUCCCCAAAUAGCCGUUAGUAGCCCGACAAGCACAACGACGUCGGCAUCUCAACAAGAUGCUCCAAGUCUGCCUUAUUCCACGUCAACCGCCAUAUCUACUUCGAUCGAUCCAGUUUCUCAGAGCUCCUCUAAGCCUCCUCCUUCCGGAAGUGCAACUUCCGUGGCCGUCAAUCCAGGUUUCCUCUCCCCAGUAACUGUCUUUACUUCGAGUUCAACUUCGACGUCCCCAGCCUUGGAAGCGACUUCGUCUUCAAGCGUACCUCCUUUCGCAUCUAUAUCUGACACCCUCUCUUCAUCUGGAAGCACACGCUUGUCGUUUUCAGCCACCACGGAGACACCUAUUGACACGAGGAUCUCUUCAGCUGCUAUAGAAACCUCCUCGAUUAUCUUGCCCGCCGGCUCGAGUUCUUUGGUCUCCUCUGCUAUAGACAUUGAAAGUAACACGGCGGCUUUGUCUUCUUCUGCUUCUUCCAGCGUAGUAGAGUCACAGACCUCAACGUUGACGGAAAUUACAACCGGCUCAUCGGCCAGCUCCGAGCUUUCAACUCAAUCUGAGUCUUCAAUCAGGUCCACCAGCACCGAGCUUUCUACGCCUUCUGACCCAACGAUCUCAUCCUCGGCACUUCUCAACAUUCUAAGUACCCUGUCAUCGAGCGCAGUAUCACCUUCCACUAUUGGUCCUUCAUCCUCGGGCGUGUUCACCUCUGCUGAAGCAGAUCCGACAACCUCAACGAUUGACACCGUUUCUGCCGACUCAACAUUUCAGGACACGACCUUGACCUCAACCUCUGUAAUCUCACCUGGCUCUACCCUCUCCUCGUCCAAUUUAAGCAGGAUUUCAGACUCCAGUAGUCUUUCUGCUUCAGCCACACUAUCUGAACCUAGCUUGGUGACCCCAACGGCAACCUUUGUGACAUCUGUGGUUGUAUUCACAGGGACUGAAUCCCUUACGGGCACCCGCCUGGUCCCUCUCACCACCAUUUAUCCAAGCAAUGGCGACGCACCGACUGUGAUAUUUGGUGCGGCUAGAAGACUCUUUGCUUCCGUUGCUGUGCCGUACUCUGGUACAGGGAUCAUUACUGGACCUCAGCAAAUGAGCAUCGUGCUGCCAAGCGGUUCAGACUCACUAGUGCUGGGGACGAUUGUCUACGCAACACCGGACCCUCUGGUCACGUCCGAGGUAGACUACACUGGAACAGGCACCCUCACUUCGCCUCUGCCAUUGACCACUAUCUACCAGUCCGGCACAGUCCCUGGAACCAUCGUUUUGGCGAGGCCGGCUAUCUUUGCUACAUUUGGAACCAGUUCUGCUGUCGUUUCCAGUGCUUCGAGCGAGUCGUCCUCCCCUGUUGUGUUAAGCACGACAUUGAAUUCAGCCACUGGAACUUCUUCUGUCGAUUUCACGGCUUCCAUCGAGUUUCCUUCGUCUGUGAAUAGCGGCUCUUCAUCCGAAGGUACCAUUCCAACGGUUUCCUUCAUCUCCGAUCAGACCUUGGUCUCUAGCUCAGCUCCACCAGCAUCUGCCUUCUACGACAGCGUUCAGAUACCCUUCACAGGCACUGAUCAGUUGCCUACUCCGACCCCAAUCAGCACAGUGCCUCCGAGCGGAAGCGUCCGCGGAACUAUCGCUUACGCCGCUCAGUUCCUCACUUCAACAGUAUCAGGUACUGGUCAGUCCACAGUCACCCUCUUCACAAUCCAGCCUUCUGGAACACAGGCUGUUGGGUUGGUAGUCAUUGCAGUUCCUACCUUGCUAGUGUCGUCGACGGCGUCUUCUGUUCCAUCUGAUAAUGGAGGAACGUCUACCAGUGAGAUCAGCUCUGAUCCAUCAGCGACUUCAUCCGCAACUUCGGUAAAUGCGGUAUCUUCCGUAGCUGAGUCGAACUCCAUCAGCUUGAGCGGAAGCACCAGCGGCACUGGAACUCUCGAACCAAGCACAAUUUCUGAGUCAAGUAGCGUGACGACGACGUCCAGCGAAGUCGAAAGCACAAGCACCAUUAAUCCCGAAGCAAUAAGCACAGCCUUCGCUUCUCUGCUUACCACCACCGAUUCGAACUCCUUAAGUGACGUUGCUUCGACAUCUGAUAUUGGCAAUCUUCAGAGCAGCAGUACCUCCCUUGAGGCCCUUAGUACCGACACAAGCGCAGUGACUUCGAGGACCAUCGGGUCAGAAGUCAGCAGCUCCACUUCCAUCGAUGCGACCUCAACUGAAGCCAGCUUCUCGAUCUCUCCCACUGUCUCGAACCUGUUUAGUGAGUCGCUCAUCACGACAGCAAGAGCUCAAUCGAGCAACAGCACCCCAACGACUAGCAGCACAAGCGACUUUGAGACAACUUCCACAGCGCUUGUUUCUCUGAUAUCUACCAUCGAUCUCAGCUCCACGUCUGGCUCGUCCAAUACAGCAGAUGUCACUACCUCAGCGUCCAGCGCCUCACUUACGGUAACCACCGGUUUGACCACAAACACUGAGAUUUCUUCGGCAGCUUCUUCCAGUCUUGUUUCCGAGACAGGCAGUAUUUCUCUUGAGAUUACCACCUCCACUAGUGACACUCCAAAUACAUCAGAGAGCUCGCUAAUAGAUGAUUCCUCUUCUCUCCUGUCGAUGGGCACUGGUACGAUUGCCUCCUUUUCUUCGGAUUCUACAAGCAGCGAUAUCACACCAGCUACUUCAAUUCCUUCCGAGACUUCCCAAUUCUCGACCACGUCAACAUCAGCGGAUGCUGCUUCUUACGUCACCUCGCAACUCAUUUAUACCGGCCCAUCUUCACUAUCUGAGCCUCUCCCAUUGAGCACUAUCCAGCCAACGAACGGAUCUCCAGGCACCGUUAUCUUGGCUAUUCCAGCAUCUUUCUAUGUCACUUCGACUUUGGUCUACACCGAAGGCGACUCCUACAUCAUUCCGUCUGCCAUUAGUACAGUUGCGCCUUCCGGAACAGCUAAAGGCACCGUCAUCUUCGCCGCUCGCUACGCAGUGGUCAGAGUUGCGUACUCGGGCACUUCAAUCAUCACGGAACCUAUCCCCAUCGCCACAUACCCGGGCAGCGGAACAGUCCUUGGUACCGUUGUCUAUGCUAAUCCUCCAUCAACCUCAGCAACAUCAGAGCCAUCUUCUGCUACCUCAACAUCUACAGACUCCCUUGACGCGUUCGAUCCUUCAGCCACCUCGACUUCGUCCCGUAGCUUCUUCGACUUCGUUCACAACUAG